AUUCAAAGAGUCGGCACAUCCCUAGCUGGUUCAGAUUUUGAGCUCUGUUGUCGGCGAGCUACAACCGACUGACUUCAAAACAGUUUGUGUUUGUAGAUUUAUGCCGAGAUGUCUGAGGUGAAGAAAGAUGUGUUAACUUUAGUAUUUGGUCAGCGCUCUGUUGAAAAAUGGACACUGCGAUCCAAGAGUGUCAGUGUAGAAAUCAUCUCUCUAGGCUGUGUCAUAUCCGCCAUCAAAGCACUUGACCGGAAAGGACAAAGUGCGGAUAUAGUGUUGGGCUUUGAUGAUCUAGAAAGUUAUCUCACUAAUUCUCGCUACUUUGGAGCUGUGGUAGGACGAGUAGCUAACCGUAUUGCUAAGGGUCAGUUUGUAGUUGAGGGAAAAGUGUAUAACCUGGCUAUCAAUAAUGGACCCAGUUCCCUGCAUGGUGGCAUCAGGGGCUUUGAUAAGGCUGUGUGGAGCUGUGAGCCUGUGCCUAAUGGAGUGAGACUGAGCCACAUGAGUCCUAAUGGUGAUGAGGGUUAUCCUGGCAACCUAAAAGUUUCUGUGACCUACACACUGGAGGAAAACACAUUAAGUGUACAGUACUGUGCCCAGACUGACCAAACUACACCAAUCAACCUGACCAAUCACUCUUAUUUCAACCUGGCUGGACAGGGUGCACCAGAUAUUUAUGAUCAUGAAGUAAGCAUCUCAGCAGAGGCAUACCUGCCUGUAGAUGACAACAUGAUCCCUACAGGAGAAAUUAGACCUGUAGAAAAUUCACUCUUUGACCUCCGCAAACCUGUUCUUCUGGGGUCUCGACUCAAAGAACUUCCUGGCCCUGGGUUUGACCACAACUUCUGCCUUUGGCUUCCAGGACAACAUAAACAAGAGAUGAAGUGUGCAAGAGUGGUUCAUCCUGGGACAGGGCGUGUUCUGGAGCUGAGCACCACGCAGCCUGGCGUUCAAUUCUAUACCUCCAACUUCCUGGAUGGGACAGUUGGAGGGAAAGAAGGGACGUCAUACCCAAAACACAGCGCUUUUUGUCUGGAGACACAAAACUGGCCAGAUGCUGUUAAUCAGCCCCAGUUUCCUGAAGCUCUGUUGAGACCGGGAGAGGAGUACACUCACACUACACGAUUUACAUUCUCAGUGGUUUGAGACAUAAAUAUACACAAAACAGAUUAGUACAGCGAUCUUGCCAUUUGCAAGGUAAAUGUGUGCUAUAAAAUCUGCAGGACAGCAGUAUAAAUUUCAAACACUUAUGCAUUUUGGUGAAAUGAAGAUAAGUUCACAGAUCAGUUUCAUAUAAACAUUUUUCAAUCUGAAGAGAAAUAUUAAGAUAAAUUGCACUAACUUUUUUUUUUUUUGAUCUUAGAAUUUUUUUUAAAUGGUCAUUUGCUCGUUAUCAGCGUCCAGCUGAUAUCUAUGCAGUCCUAUAUGAAUAAAAAUGUCCAAUUAUCAUAAUAAAUGACAUUCAAUACA